AUGCCUCCCCGCCGCCGCGCGCCGCUCAUCGAGCUGCCGCUUGCCGACUAUGUCCCGCACCCAAAUGGUGCCAUCAAGACACACUGCCCUUCACCCCUCUCCCUUCCCACCAAGCGCGGGCCACCCACACCCUCUAGAGACUCGCCUUCGACCCCAAAGCGCCGCUUCCGCAGUACCGCCAACCCACUUGAGCGCGUGACGGUAAGCGCAGCGAGCCUGGCCACAGACGAACUCGGGACUGGCAAGAGCCCCGCACGCCGUCUCUUUCUCAACGACAGUCUCACCGCACAAAAAACACCGCGUGCCGGUUCCCCAACAAUCCUCUCACCUUCACCACCACUCUCCUCGCGCGUCUGGAGCGAGAGCCUGAGACUAUCAUCAAGACUGCGCGACCCCAUCCACGACCCUGGGUUUUGUGUCUUCUUUGACCCAACCGGUGCUGCUCUGCCACCAAGUAGUCAACUGCCACCACUAGUGUCGCACCACGACGAGGAGAACACGUUCCCAUGUCAGGGCACACCCGUGUCCAAGUCCAACCGCGUGCUCCGUUCACACAACAGCCCCGCGAUCCGCGCGGCAUGA